AUGGACAAGUGGAGUGAUACCUUGCAACACCUGAGUCAAGAAUCUAUUGCUAGGCAAAAAUACUUGGAUUUGAGGGCUGCUAAGUUAGAACGCGAACAAGAAAUUUCUUCCUCUACUGGAACGAGCGGGUUCAGUGAUCCUUACUCUAUAGAUAUUUCCCCUCCUCCUCUAGUCAUUAAGGUAACAAGCAGUCUUGUUGAAAUGAUUCAACUUGUGACAUCUUAUUUCAGAGGUAUUGAUCUAACUGAGGCAUUGCGCCUCCAGAUGGAAGUUCAGAAACGCCUUCAUGAACAACUACAGAUUCAGAGAAAUCUACAACUCAAAAUUGAGGAGCAAGGGAAGUACCUGCAAGUGAUGUUUGAGCAGCAAUGCAAGUCAACCAUGAACAAAUUCAACACUCUUUCCACUGAAGAAGAGCCAUCAAGUGUAUCUUCUGAUCCGAUUGACAUGGCUGCGAAGACCGAUACCUCCAUCAAUUCAAAGGGAGCAGAAAGUUCCAAGCAAACAACUACCAAAAGGAAGAUGCCAGAGCUUGAUCCUUCAAAUCCAAGUAAUGCAGAUGCUAUCAUCGGGUGUAGAUUUUUCAGUCUCACCUUGAGAUGGUGGCAGGUUUUGGGAAAACCAUUUCAAGUUGUUGUAUAA